AUGCCAACAGGACCACUUCUUCGAUCCCUGCUCUUCACCUCGAUCAUGUCGUCGCCGCUUCUAAACCCUUGUCUGUCUAUGUUGACGCGCGUGGUUAACUCCACUUCUCCGUUGUUGAAUCCGUCGCAGAAUCCACUGAUGAACUACCUCCUCCGCACAACCAUAUACAACCAUUUCUGCGCGGGCGAGAACGAACACAGAGUACGGCAGACAGUACACGGUAUCAAGACAUUAGGGUUCAAGGGUGUUAUAAUGGGAUAUGCCAAGGAGACGGUCGUCAAGGAAAAUGAAAGUACAACUGCGUCGACAAGCCAGGAAAAGGCGUCUCUCCGGUCUGUUGAGGAAUGGAAGCGGGGAAAUAUAAGGACUCUUGGUAUGAUCGGUGCAGGGGAUUAUCUUGCUGUUAAAUUCACCGGCGCUGGUCCAAUCGCCCUCAAUGCGCUGGCUGGUGGAGACGCAAUGCCGCAAAGCAUAUACCUGGCCAUGCAGGAAAUCUGCGAGGCGGCUGCAGCUCAGAACUCUCGACUUUGGAUUGAUGCAGAGCAGCAGGUCUUCCAGCCAGCUAUUGAUGCGUGGACGAUCGAGCUCAUGCGCGAGUUUAACCGCGGUGCUAGUCCCGUGGUUUUCAAUACCAUACAAGCGUACCUAAAAGAUUCUGCGGCUAAUGUACAGCGUCAUCUACUUCUGUCUCAACAGAAAGGAUGGAAAUUGGGCAUCAAGUUAGUCCGCGGAGCAUACAUCGCACACGACCGCCGAGAUCGCAUCCACGACACCAAACCCGAAACAGACGCAAACUACAACUCCAUCGUCGAAAACCUCCUGCAACGCAAAUACCCCCUCCCAACAAGCCAAAAAGAAACCGAAUUCCCCGACGUCCGCCUCUUCAUCGCCUCACACAACUCCGAAACAGUCCGCACAGCAUACACCCUACACCGACAGCUAAUAAAAUCCGGAGUCCCCACAAUCCCAGUCGAAUUCGGCCAGCUGCAGGGAAUGGCGGAUGAGAUUGGCUGCGGGCUUGUGCAGCAGAAUCGGAUGGACUCCCGAGAUGAUGUUCCCGGGGUGUUUAAGUAUUUGGCGUGGGGGACGACGGAGGAGUGUUUGCAUUAUUUGUUGAGGAGGGCGGUUGAGAACAAGGGUGCUGUGCAGAGGACGAGGGAUAUGGCGGUGGCAUUGAGGAGGGAGUUGUGGAGGAGGUUGUCGUUUUCUUUUUGA